AUAAUCCGUCCGCUAACUUGUAAAAUAAUUCUUCCCAACUCUUUGGUACUGUUUGAAAAGAAUUCAAAACAAUAUAUAGUAAAUUAAGAAAAAAAAAUUGCUCCACAGUCAAAUGUACCAUAGGCUCUUAGUCCUUUUGAGCCACUAUGACAUCGGCCCUUAUGUCAUCGGUUUCAACUUUUCCUGUUUUUUUAAGCCUCCCCUCAACUGUACACCUACUGCUUAACCGUUAACACAGAACCGCGACUUCCUCGACACAACACUGACUGGAACUCCGCUGUCAGCCGCAACUUCAGCUAGCUAUUCACUCUCGCCGGUAAAACAUGGCAACUGCAAAAGUUGGGAGGAUCAAGUUGGGUUCUCAAGGCCUGGAAGUGUCAGCUCAAGGCCUGGGCUGCAUGGGGAUGUCAGCUUUCUAUGGUCCUCCAAAGCCUGAAGCAGACAUGAUCGCUCUCAUCCACCACGCUAUCAGCUCUGGGGUUACCCUUCUUGAUACCUCUGAUGUUUAUGGUCCCCACACCAAUGAAAUCCUCAUUGGCAAGGCCUUGAAAGAUGGUUUUAGAGACAAAGUUGAAUUGGCUACUAAGUUUGGUAUUGACUAUACUGAAGGCAAGAGGGAAAUCCGUGGUGACCCUGCUUACGUGAGGGCGGCCUGUGAAGGUAGCUUGAAGCGUCUUGGUGUGGAUUGUAUCGAUCUUUAUUAUCAGCAUCGGAUUGAUACCCGGCUUCCCAUUGAAGUCACGAUGGGAGAACUCAAGAAGCUAGUUGAAGAAGGUAAAAUAAAGUACAUAGGUUUAUCUGAGGCUUCUGCUUCGACCAUUAGGAGGGCACAUGCUGUUCACCCAAUAACUGCUGUGCAGUUGGAGUGGUCUUUGUGGUCUAGAGAUGUUGAGGCCGACAUCAUUCCUACUUGCAGAGAACUUGAAAUUGGGAUUGUUGCUUACAGUCCUCUGGGGAGAGGAUUCCUUUCAUCAGGGCCUAAAAUUGUGGAAACUUUGUCCAAUGAUGACUUCAGAAAGUCACUGCCAAGGUUCCAACCUGAAAAUCUGGAGCAUAACAAACGCCUCUAUGAGCGAGUUAAUGAGAUAGCAGCAAAGAAGGGGUGCACCCCAUCACAGCUUGCGUUGGCCUGGGUCCAUCAUCAAGGGAAUGAUGUCUGUCCCAUUCCUGGAACCACUAAAAUGAAAAACUUCAAUCAGAACAUAGGAGCUUUGUCCUUGAAAUUAACACCUGAAGAGAUGUUUGAGCUAGAAUCCAUUGCUUCAGCAGAUGCCGUGAAGGGAGACAGAUAUGGUGGAACUGCCGCUACCUACCCUGAAUCUCAAACUCCUCCCUUGUCUUCAUGGAAACCUGAAUGAGGGCAUGCUAUCAUAUCGAUGCAAUCUUCAUAAUGAGUUACGGACUUAAUGUAACACCUUGGGGAUGUGUUUUAAAAUCACAAUAAGUCUCUACUUGGUGCUGAGAGAAUAAAUGUUGUGUCAGAAGUAUCAAUAGGUCUUCCGGUGAUGGAUUGCAAACUGGGUAGUCUAAGUUUGUCAUGGUUGAGAUUGUCCGUUCCAAGGUAAUUAAACAAAAAUUUGUGGGACGAGCACAUGUUGAUGUGCUUUUAUUCUAAAGCCCUUUUCUCUA